AUGUUAGAAUCAUCAGAGAUGACAGUUAAUGAUGAUAUUCCAGCACCGGAUACAACAAUUCAAGAAUGUUUCAAUAAAAAUUCUAUAUCAUGUGUUCAGAUACAAAUUUAUAGAAGUUUCAAAUCGUUUGUUGAUCAAGACAAAGUUGAUCUAAUUGGUGUGUUAUCGUUAGUUCGCGAAGAAGAAGGCAAGAAUCAAGCCGAAGCACGAGCAACAGAAGAUACUGAGGCAGAAGAACAAAUUCUAGGAGCUCAAGACUAUGAGACGAGGGAAUUUGCUAUUGAAUCUUUCGUGUAUCAGAAGUUAAUGGCAUUUUUCCAGGAACGUAGUAUCCAAUGGAAUUUGUCUCCAGUCUUUCAAGAAAUGAUAACCUCAAGAGGAAUAGCAGAGUCUCUGCCUGCGAACUUACGCCAAGCGGUCACCAAUCUCGUCACAGAAGCUCGCGGCAAGAAGAAAUUGCUGAAGAAUCUGAUACCGAUUCUGAUUGGCUUGAAGCUGAAGGCAGUCAUCUUCUUGGCCUUGGCGUCCCUUGCCAUAACCUUUAUCGCCAAGAAAGCCAUCUUCGUCAGCCUGAUCUCGCUCGCCAUCUCGGCGUUUGUGGCCUUACAGAAACUGCUGGGCCAGUGGUCCCGGCACCCACACAACGAGGUGUAUGACACGUACUCGAGUCACGGCGGCGGAGGCUGGAAUAGGGGCGCUGCUGGAUAUAGCGGCACGGGAUAUGGCCAAGCUGAGUAUGCGAGCCACGCGUCUCCCGCGGCCCACACGCUGGCUUAUGGAGCUCAAAAAACAGCCCGGGAAUAAAGCACAACAUUCAUCUUGCACCACAAGCAGAAACUUCCCGCCGCCAUGUCAGCCACUCAAUUUGGCAAUCAGAAUUCUGAUAAUGUAUUUAGUCCACUGCCACUAAAUCAUUAAUUAAAACGCAAUUUUAAGGCAUCAAUGGUACUGCAGUCUGAUAGUAUUUCAGUGACG